AUGGUGUUUUGUGAGGCCACAAACUGCACCAACCGCUCAAAAUCGAAAGUAAGUACUUUUAAAUUUCCUGCUGACCCCAAAAUUCGAGAAGAAUGGCUAAAAAAUUUAAAAAGAGAAUCGUUUCAACCAACAAAACAUUCACGCUUGUGCGAAAAUCAUUUUACGAUGGAAAGUUUUGAUGAAAGUUAUGCGAUUAAAUUUUCCCUGGAUUUAAAACCUGGGAAGCCUCAGCUAAAAAAAAACGCAGUACCAACUAUUUUUAACUUCGCCAACGUUGGACGAGACAGGAAAAGAAGAGGGACUGGUCAAAGUGAAAGUGAGGUUUCGGCCUUGGCGAAAUGCAGAAAGUUGAAGGUAAGACAAGGAUUUGUAUCAUUACUCAUGCUGUCCUUAAAUACUUACCGAAGUAAAAAGAGCAGUACCUGGUAAGCUUAUAUUAGUCAGGAUAAAUAUAUUAUCUUAAUUUGUUACUCUUUAUUAGGCGCGGCUUUAAGUUACAGAGGGUGAAAGGAUGUUGAAGCGUCUGAUGUGCUUGAUGUUUAUGGCAGUUGUAAUAGUCAUCAAUAUAUAAGCUUAAGCCAUAAAUAGCGUAUGUCAAGUACAAAUGGCUGACUUAGCAAACUCGAAUUUCAAGGCGAGAACAACGCGAGAAUCUCCUAAAAGUUGAACGAAAGCCAAAAAUAGUGAUGACGAGAAGCGAACUAACAUAAUACUACUCUUAAUUGUUUCUUUCUAAUUGUAGGUGCUGAUGUGAUGAAUUUGUUACGUAAAUAGGGUUAAUAUAUUUCUUUAUAUUAUUAUAUAAAAAAGGGAGCAGGAAGCGACAAUAAAACUUGUUGUCAAGUUGGUUAUAGACUUUUCUUCUAUUUGGUGGUUCCUAAAAGAACCUUUUUUGUGUGGCUAGACCCAUUCACUUAGUUUACAGGGUAAAGCUCAGCAAUGUGUUGCUGGUGAGGUGAUUACACAUUACAAAAGAGGCUUGUUGAGGCCAAAAAAGUUAUUGCCAGGUUAAAGCAAGAGCUAUAUCGCCGAGAGCCGUCGCAUCAACCAGAGUAAACCGCAACAGACAUCAAGGCGUGUUAGUUAAGGAACUCGACGUACGGUGCAGAAAAAGCCUUGGACGGUACAUGCCGGUGAUGUCUAUAAUGCGUCGAGAGAGGCAGCUGUUGCAAAUUUUGAAGUUUGACGAGCGAUUCUAUACGAGUAAAGUUUCCACCACUGGUGGUUUUUUGAAACGGCUCCUUUAGGAGCCACAAAGUUUAUAGAAGUCAAUGACCAAUAAAAUUACGAUAACUUUUUUCUAUGCUCAAGCUCAACAAUUCCAAACAAACUGAUUGACCGUUCACAUAUUAUAGAAAUAAAAGACGUGAAAUUUCAUACUUUGUGAAAAUUUAAUAAGACUGAUUUCUGACCUCCGAUUCCGUGCAAUCAAUCGCCCCACUAGAAUAGCUAGUAGUAAACGGCAGUACUUAUUCUUCUUAAGAGCUGUGAAGGUGAGAAAUUCCGUUGCCUUAAAAUUUACGUACCUUCAGAACUGCUAAAUCGGGACGAUCCAGCCCUUAACAUAUCUGGCAGCACUGACCCGCACGUUGAAGCUCACACUCAGACGGAAGAAACUAAAGAAGAAAAACGUAGUUGUAAACGGCCAAGUUGUGUUUUCACUCUCCAUGGAAACCUACGAUCAAAGACACCAAACUCGCAGAAUAAGUACAAAACAGUUGGAGUUCAAAUAUCACCAGAAAAAGUUGAGGCUGUAAUUCAAACAUAUGGUAGGGUAGCCUACGACAAGUCAUCCCAGACUACCAAAAUAAGCCAGAUACAGGUAUGAAAAUAUCCUUUUUUCCUCAGUGAAAAACAACUCCGUUUUGUCGCCCAACGUGAGCAAUCAGAAAGAUAACGCCAAUGCAUUCAAAAUCAUAUUAUUUUAGGUAAGAAGCUGUCAAACCCAGACUUUGCGAAUAAAUUACAGAUCUCUCCAUGUGCAAACCCCUACUCCAAGAAGUAAGUAAAAAUGAGUACAUAUCUAAAGCACAUUGUGUCGCGCGGUUUAACCUUUGUAGCAAGCGCUUCACUUGGAAGUCAAAUUCAAAUCAAAUCAAAAUCAAAUCAAUUUUAUUUAAGCUCGAUAGCGUGAGGAGUGGUUGCCCAAUCUCCCGAGCCAGGGGCUCAUGUAUUAAACGCUCGAGCAUUCCGGAUCGAAUUGGAAUUCAGAAAUGUUGGUUUUUGCGGAGAGGGGAAAACCGGAGUACCCGGAGAAAAACCUCUCGGAGCCGAGAAGAGAACCAACAACAAACUCAACCCACAUAUGACGUCGAGUCCGGGAAUCGAACCCGGGCCACAUUGGUGGAAGGCGAGUGCUCUCACCACUGCGCCAUCCCUGCUCCCCCGAAAGAAGUAUUUGGCCGCACGAAACACUCUCGCGCGCUCGUUCUUUCUUGCGCCCAAAUACCUCCAAGCGCCCUCCUACACAGGCUAAGGCUAUAAUAAUGAUUUGUUAAAUUCCUGUUCGACUUUUUUUACGCUACUCCAAACUGCUAUUUCUUUUAAAUUAACAGUGCUUUCCAGUGCAGUUCAGUGUUCUCUAUCCGAUGGCGGCCCUCUACGAGUCUCCCAGCAACAGCCUGAAGUGCCGAGAAAAUUAGAAAUUCCACCUACUAAAAAAAUGGAGUAUGCUGAGGAAGAGUUGGAUACAGGAAGUAUAUGCAGUGAUGAUUACAGCAGUGAUGAAGAGUGGUUAGUAUUUUCCCUGUAGCCGUCAUCAGUUUAAAAUAUACCUAAAAGUAGUGGCCGAGCCCUUAUGUUAGAGCUUUUCUAUUAACAGAUAUUACUUGAAUGUAAUUUUAGGAAUCUCGAAGACAUAAAAUCGGAGUGUGAUGUCGAGGACAAAUGAGAG